AACAAUUGACAUACACACGCUCCCAAGGAAGAAUAAUCAAAAGCUUCAUACAAGCUUCAUCGUGGCGAUGUCAGGAACAUACGUGACAGAGGUUCCUCUUAAAGGGUCUGCGAAGAAUCACUACAAGAGGUGGAGUGAAAACCACCUCUUCCCGGACGCCGUCGGCCAUCAUAUCCAAGGUGUCAAGGUCCACGAAGGAGACUGGGACUCCCACGGCGCCAUCAAGUCCUGGAACUAUACAUGCGAUGGAAAGCAAGAGGUUUUCAAGGAGAAGAGAGAGUUUGACGACGACAAGAUGGCAGUGACGUUUAGAGGGCUUGAGGGUCACGUGAUGGAGCAGCUUAAGGUGUACGACGUCAUCUUCCAGUUCAUCCCCAAGACUGAGCAAGGCUGCGUCUGCAAAGUCACUAUGAUGUGGGAGAAGCGCUACGAAGACUCUCCAGAGCCCAUCAACUACAUGAAGUUCGUCACGAACAUGGCUGCUGACAUGGACGACCAUAUUCUCAAGGUUGAGAAGAAGGUUUAAAUUUGUGUCCUCUUUGUGUUUGGCCCUCGCACAUA